AUGCGUCGGCAGCAUGAUGAAGGCUUAAAAUACUGGUUCGCACCCCGAGAGAACGAAAAGCCAUUCACCGAAUCUGAGCGGGCCCAGAGAUGGCGCCUGUCGCUGGCCUCUCUACUCUUCAUCACCGUCCUGCUCUCUGAUCACUUGUGGUUCUGCGCGGAGGCCAAAUUAACGCGGACCCGGGACAAGCGCUGGGACGAGGGGCUUCGCGUCACGGACAUGGGCGAGUACUCCCCAAUCUACCCUCACAUGACACCCUACCCCUACCGACUCAUCGGAGAGCCCCCAAACUCUAUUUUUCUAGAGAAUUCUACCAAACCUCUGAGGCGGAUGGACACCUGUCGCCCGGACAGUGUGUCCAAAGACUGCUACUCUUUCACGGACGCAAAGACCGUAUGCCGGGGCCUCUCCAACCAAGGAGACAACGGAACACACUUUGCCUACGUAAAUCUGAGCGAUUUGUACCUUUCUUUUUGUAAUUCCUACUCACUUUUGGAUUUGUUUAACGGGUUUACGAGUGUGGACAAUACAAAUUGCACGACCCUGGACGAGCAGGGCUGCACUGACUGUGUGGAGACUUUCCAGCUGCUGGACCAGCAGGCAGAGGACAACUAUAAGGAGUUUGAGAUCCUCAUACAAAAAUAUGAGACGGAUGUGUACUCUGUCAGGACCUGCAUGGAGGAAUGCAAGGAGUCUAGAAAAGGCGUGGGCGUGCAGUUCUCUUUUCCAGCUGGUCUGAUAGAUACCAUCUAG